AUGCGUCCUUGUCACGAUGCCUAUGCUAUAGUCCCUGGUUGGGAUUGGGAGCCCAACCUUCACAACGACAAGUUGUGUUUCAUACAUCCAGUAUGUCUGGGAUUUCUGUGUGGACAUAAUGACAUAACCCCCGAGCAAUUAUGGGACUCUUUCUAUGUCGAUGAGUCUCGCUAUGACUGGCGCGAAGAUCGUCCGAUAGGUCUCGUCCACUCUAUUUGGUACUUCGAAAUGGAAGAUAGAACUGGUGAUACCUUUCUAUAUGACUUUCUUGGUAUAGCCAGAAUCGAGAGGUCGGAAUGGUUGUUAGCAAGGCCGACAUAUCUGCCUGUACCGAAAAGCCUCCGGAUCCCUCCUAUCAAGCCCUCGUCCUCACGAUCAUUAUGCAAGGUGUUUGAGAUUCCCGAGUUACUCGACAAUAUCUUGGAUCAUGUAGUUGAUGUGCCCGUCAACGUUAUUGAAUCCGAACUCAGAGCAAAUCACUGGAUAUGGGAAGCCCCGUCAGCAACCAUCGCGGCGAAGACCCUGCUGUCUCUAACCCAAGUCAAUCGUUCAUUCUACCAUGCAAUAGUGAGAAAUCGACAAGACCUAUUUUUUGAAGCAGCACGAAACUUUGGAUGGAUGCUUCCUUUCACGCAAGCUGACUGGGCCGACAGCGAGUGGCCGGAUACAGUUACAGACACAUUUUUCACGAAGGGUCCCAGUAUCGACUGGCGUGCUUACAUGAUGAACUGUCUUCGCAAUGCGACUCCAAAUAUUCACAAUCGCUGGAGGUUUCACAAGAUGGCAGUAGAGUUCGGCAGAGGCGGACGUCGGCAUUUUUUCGACAAAGAUAACAAAUGCCUUUGGAAUGCAGGGGGCGUAGCGUUCAAACCUGAUUUGAAAAGGUCGAAGCCAAAAGGCUGGGAAGUUGGUGUACGUUGGUGGUGA